GUUUUCUAUAUUUCAAAUUGUAUUAUACUUUAAGUAUUUAUUAUAUUUAAAAAUUCAAAUAACAUUUUAAAAAAGAACAGAAUUUUUAGAUAUUAAUAUUUUUCUCAUUUGUACCCAUUUAAAGAUUCAUAUUUUCACUUUAAUAUAAUUUUUCUUGCAAUAUGUACCUCAAAAAUAGAAAAGAAAGCCAAAAGGGAAGUUUUAUUUAUGCGGUAGAAAAGCUGAAAAGGAAAGAAACUUCAGAGGGGACAAAAACCUAUGGUAUUUCAAGCGGUUUCUGAUCUAUAAAGGAUUUGAAAAUUGUAUACAAAGUUUUAUAAAGUAAGCUUAACAGCCAGAUUCAUGUUAGUGUGCUCCGGGUGUAGCUUUAACUGUACACUUCACACAAUAGAAUGAAAGAAUGAUUUGGUGAUGAUGAAUGUAUUGAUUAAACUGUGAGCCCAAUAAACACUGGUUACUUUUUUGGUAGAAAUAUUUACAAGCAAUUACAGUCACUGAUUUCUUGCAGUUGUUUCUUGUUAUGUUCCUGAUUUUACAAUUCCCCAACGCAAAGGUGCAGAAAACUAAUAUUUACCCUCCUUUUCGAAAAAUGGCAUGAUGAAGAGAAGACUCGCAGGGUAUAAACACAAAUGCAGACUUUUGGAAGUUGAUGGCUUUAAGAUUCAUUCUGUUAAGUUUUUGUCAUUUCUCAAACUAAAUUUUUGAGUUUUCCCUUAAAAUCCCAGCGCUUCUUUGCAUUAGCCCAACCAAGUACAUGAUCCCUACCCAUUUUUGACCCUGUUCACUGCUCCUGCCCGCAGUUUCAGCAUCGCAGGUCCCCGGUAUCCCGGGCGAAUUGAAGCCCACGGAGUCCAAAAACCCAGGGCCCCCAAAACUGGGAGGUUCCUGGUUCCGUUGGACCCACAGCCUGCGAGCUCCAGCGGCAGACCACAGCUCCAGGCUCUCUUAGGGGACCUGAGACCUCUCCCACAAUAUCCUGUUCCUUUUGUUUUUUGUUCAACAAACGUGUUCAACUUCCGAUGCCCCUCAAUCUUCGAAAAAUCAUUUCGGGCCUCACUUUGCAGGGCAGUGUCCUCGCCGUAUUAACGACCCAAAGAAGCUUCGGAAGACGAAUGUCAGGAGCUAUUUAGCAGAUAUUACCAAACGCUGUCCCUCCAAGUGCCGCGCAUCUGCGGGGAACAUAAAGCCUCCUCCCUUCCCUUCAUCUUUCACUACCACCCAAGAAAGCGUUAAUGGCAAAGAGCGACCGCGGCGAAGCUCUGCCGUGCGUGCAUCCAAGCCAGCCUUAUGCCAAGUUCCUCCACACCGCGAGGCGCCACCUUCUCCCCAAGUCAGCAGGAGGGGUGGCAAGAAGCGGCCAGGCCUCGAGGCUAAGGGCGGGGAGGGGUCUGAGCAUCGAGGCCUCAAAAACCUCCGGGCUGGAGGUGGAUCGAGAAUCACGUCCGGGACUGGCGGGGUGUCUCUGCUGAAUUCUUGCAUCCAGUCAGGAGACUGGGUACCCCGGACCGCGUAGCGGAACUACAACUCCCGAGACCACUGCUGCCCGGACUUCCGGAAGCCGGAGCUGGCCGGGGAGGAAGUUGCUGAGACCCGGCCAAAAGGACGGGGGUUAAUUUAGCAAGAAAAACGGGGGGUGGGAAGAGCUUUAGGGCUAACCUGUCAAUUCGCCACCAUGAACGUGGUUUUUGCUGUAAAGCAAUACAUUUCCAAAAUGAUAGAGGACAGUGGACCUGGCAUGAAAGUACUUCUCAUGGAUAAAGAGACGACUGGCAUAGUGAGUAUGGUAUACACACAAUCGGAAAUUCUCCAGAAGGAAGUGUACCUUUUUGAACGCAUUGAUUCUCAAAAUCGAGAGAUCAUGAAACACCUGAAAGCAAUUUGUUUUCUUCGACCUACCAAGGAGAAUGUGGAUUAUCUGAUUCAAGAGCUCCGAAGACCUAAAUACAGUAUAUAUUUUAUUUGUAAGUAUUUUUUCACCUGUUCAAUCAUAUAACUAAAUCCUAGCUAAUAUGUUCUACUAGGUACUGCAUA